GACCGGCCCACGCUUCCCGCCAGUCCCCUAACCCUGAGUCUGCGGCGCGGCUGUCAUUGCGCGGGAGUAGUGGGCCGCAGUGCUGCGUGCUCUGGCCGCUCCUUGCAGCUCUGCUCCAGGCUCCGGUGCAGACGUGUAGUGGGACAUGGCGAACUCGGGCUGCAAGGACGUCCCGGGUCCGGAUGAGGAGAGUUUUCUGUACUUUGCCUACGGCAGCAACUUGCUGACCGAGAGGAUCCACCUCCGAAACCCUUCGGCGGCGUUCUUCUGUGUGGCCCGCCUGCAGGAUUUUAAGCUUGACUUUGGCAAUUCCCAAGGCAAAACAAGUCAAACUUGGCAUGGAGGGAUAGCCACCAUUUUUCAAAGUCCUGGCGAUGAAGUGUGGGGAGUAGUAUGGAAAAUGAACAAAAGCAAUUUAAAUUCUCUGGAUGAAUGGAGAAAGAAACAUCACACUGCCUUUCAGAAUCAGGGAAAUCACCCUUGCAAGCACAAGACAAGAAUGUGGGAUAGAGACCCCAACAUUCCUGUUCAGAACCCAAGCUUAGCUGUCUGUUGGCAGGCCCAAUCAGGUCAUGGCACCUGUAAUAGAUUAUUUGCAUGGGUGCAAAAGAAAAUGGUUUGCCGCUGGAGUAUCAAGAGAAGUUAAAAGCAAUAGAACCAAAUGACUAUACAGGAAAGGUCGCAGAAGAAAUAGAGGACAUCAUCAAAAAGGGGGAAACACAAACUCUUUAGAACAUAACAGAAUAUAUCUAAGGGUAUUCUAUGUGCUAAUAUAAAAUAUUUUUAACACUUGAGAACAGGGAUCUGGGGGAUCUCCAUGUUUGAUCCAUUUGCGGCAGUGCGCUGAAGGAGUAUCUUACUUGGGUGAUUCCUUGUUUUCAGACUAUAAAAAGAAACUGGGAUAGGAGUUAGACAAUUUAAAAGGGGCGUAUGAGGGCCUGAAAUGUGUGACAAGUGAAUGUGAGUACCCCUUCUGUAAACACUGAAAGCUAUUCUCUUGAAUUGAUAUUAAGUGUUUCCUUGCUCUGGUAAAAGAUAGAUUUGUCGCUUGAUGAUGGUGCUGGUGAAUUGCUCUGCUCUGUCUGAGAUUUUAAAAAAUCAGCUUAAUGAGAGUAAUCUGCAGAGAAUUGAUAAUAACAUUUUGAAAAUUGGAAAGAUGGUAUACUGUUUUUAGAGGAAUAAACGUAUUUGUGGUUUAA